UUCAUUUUCUGCUGAACGACUUUUAACUUUCAUUGUCUUUUUUGGCCCCUGCGAUCAUCACCCACCGGCUCCGUUUUCCGGAGCCGCUCCUCGCCACGCCAAAAUGCACCGAACAACCAGAAUCAAAAUAACCGAGCUAAACCCCCAUCUCAUGUGCGUGCUCUGCGGCGGGUACUUCAUUGAUGCAACAACCAUCAUAGAGUGUCUCCACUCCUUCUGUAAGACCUGUAUCGUGCGUUACUUGGAGACCAGCAAGUAUUGUCCUAUCUGUGAUGUCCAAGUUCACAAAACUCGACCGCUUUUGAAUAUCAGGUCAGAUAAAACUCUCCAAGAUAUUGUAUACAAGCUAGUACCAGGCCUUUUCAAAAAUGAAAUGAAAAGAAGAAGGGAUUUUUAUGCUGCUCAUCCGUCGGCUGAUGCUGCCAAUGGCUCUAAUGAAGACAGGGGAGAAGUGGCUGAUGAAGACAAAAGAAUUAUAACAGACGACGAGAUAAUAAGCUUAUCCAUUGAAUUCUUUGACCAGAAUAGACUGGAGCGAAAAGGAAAUAAAGAGAAAGAAAAAUCAAAGGAAGAGGUGAAUGACAAAAGAUACUUGCGCUGCCCAGCAGCAAUGACAGUGAUGCAUCUAAGAAAGUUCCUGCGGAGUAAGAUGGAUAUACCUAACACUUUCCAGAUCGAUGUGAUGUAUGAAGAGGAGCCUCUGAAGGACUACUACACCCUAAUGGAUAUUGCCUACAUCUAUACCUGGAGGCGGAAUGGGCCUCUGCCCUUGAAAUACCGUGUCCGACCUACUUGCAAGAGGAUGAAGAUCAGUCACCAGAGGGAAGGCUUGAAUAAUAGUGGGGAGCUGGAAAGUGACUCUGGGAGCGACAAGGCGAGCAGCCCAGCAGGAGGCAUCCCCUCCACCUCCUCCUGUUUGCCCAGCCCCAGCACACCAGUCCAGUCUCCUCACCCCCAGUUCCCCCACAUCUCCAGCACCAUGAAUGGCACCAGCAGCAGCCCCAGCAGUAACCACCAGUCCUCCUUUACCAACAGAGCUCGGAAAACAUCAAUAAAUGGCUCCUCAGCCACUUCAUCUGGUUGA